UGAACAGAGUCUUAAACAGCUGACAACGAGACAAUGGUCGUAAACGUAAGAUUGUAUUAAAACCUGACAAUUUAUAUUGACAUUUCAACAAAUUCCAUUAGUUUAAACAAAUUUAUUAUUUUGUUAUAUUUGAUGAAUAAAUAUGACGGCGGGGACAAGUUUAGUAGUACCUAUAGUACUAUGGGGUCGUGUUGCUCCAACUCAUUGCAUUUCUUGCAUCUAUCUUUCUCGAGAUCAGAAAACCCUGAUAACUGGGUGUUAUGAUGGUCAAAUAUGUUUAUGGCAAGUGGAACCUGAAACGUUGAAAAUGACUCCGAGAUGCCUGCUCGUAGGACACACUGCUCCUAUAUUGUGUCUUAGUCGUGCGAGCGUUAUCAUGGAACAAAAUUAUAUUGUUAGUAGUAGUGAAAUUGGUGAAAUGUGUACCUGGGAUUUAGUCGAUGGAAAAUGUCGGGAAGCAGUAAAACUUAAUAAUAUUCACACUCAAAUGUUACCAUACGUAUCUACUGGUGGUGAAGACGUAAAAUUAUUUUGUUCAGGGUACUAUCCAGAAGUAUUAGUAAUGGAUCCGUUUAGCCUGGAAGUUCUAUUUACUCUCAGUUCCAGAGUGAAUCCAGACUGGAUUAGUGCUUUACACGUUCUGCGCCCGGCCAAACGGAAAGGUCGGUUCUACGUUGUUACAGAAGACACAAAUGAUGUUGUUUUGGCGCUCACAACGACUGGAACAGUUAAAGUAUGGACACUAUUGGGACAUGAAAAUAGAAAUAGUGAGCCAUUGUACGAACAUGAAAGUAAACAAAUUCGAUGUUUAAAUGCUCUUGCUAUGACAUGUUGUCCAUAUAAUCAACGCACGGUACUAAUUGUAUGUUCCAAAUAUUGGCAGAUUUUCGAUGCUGGAGAUUUCUCUGUUUUGUGUUCCGUUACUGCACCGUAUGGAGAAAGAUGGAUGGCUGGUGAUUUUCUUGCCGCAGACAGAGUAAUUCUUUGGAGUGAUGAAGGUCACGGUUAUUUAUACAAAUUACCCGCCAAGGCAGUUAUUCUACUUGAAAGCAAGCUGAAGGGCAAGGCUCUCAGCAGCAGUGUUGCGGACAAUCAGAACUUUCAUACAGCGUCAAUUGACUCCGAUCAACCUUACUUGUACUGUACACUGACACAACCAGGAGACAAGCCGUUGUCCUGUCCGCCUGCCAUGCGUUUAGUGACAGUUCAGCGACAAAAUAAAAGCUCCAAGUAUCUACUACGCGGUGACAGUGAAGGUGUCGUUGUUCUGUGGACUGUCCCCGAUACAUCGCCGCAGCAAAUACCGCAAGCAAAUUGUUUCAAUGACGGAACAUCAACACCAGUGCUGUCGCCGACUAUAAAAACAAGUCUUGCUGCAGCGUGGGAAUCGAUGAAACCACCACCUGUUGGGAUAUUAGAUCAAUUGGACAUGAAUGAUGGGCAUGGAAUCAAACUCACGGCCAGUAUUUACUUACCACAACAAAGUAGACUGGUCGUUGGUCGAGAGGAUGGUAGUAUUAUUAUUGUGCCAGCAACGCAAACAGUUAUGUUACAAUUACUUCACGGCAAUCAUCAACACUACGAAGAUUGGCCACCACAUCAGGUUCUUCUGGGCCAUUCUGGUAGAGUCAACUGUCUCUUGUAUCCCCAUGGGGCAGCUAAUCGUUACGAUCGUGCUCAUUUAGUUUCUGGUUCCGUUGACUUUGCUGUCUGUUUGUGGGAUCUAUACUCCGGCACUUUAAUCCAUCGUUUCUGCGUUCAUGCUGGUGAAAUAACUCAACUCAUGGUACCACCAGACAACUGCAGUCCCAGAAUACAAAAAUGUGUUUGCAGCGUGGCGUCAGAUCACAGUGUAACUUUAUUAUCUUUGGCAGAAAGGAAGUGCGUCGUAUUAGCGUCUCGCCACCUUUUCCCUGUUGUCACUAUUAAAUGGAGACCUCUUGAUGAUUUCAUGAUUGUCGGAUGUUCCGACGGAGCUGUUUAUGUUUGGCAAAUGGAGACAGGUCAUUUGGAUCGUGUUCUUCAUGGUAUUAUUGCGGAAGAAGUAUUGUACGCUUGUGAUGAAAAUAUAUUGGCAAAUAAUGGAGUUACAGGAACAGGAGGCGAAUUAGGACUGGCAAAUCCGGCUGUUCAUUUUUUCAGAGGCUUAAGACACAGGAAUCUUUCCGCUAUUCGACAUGCUACUCAAAGAGGAUUGCAUCAACUCCAACAACUUCACGGAGGCCACGGAAAUGAUCAUGGAAACCAAAUUAAAGCAAAAGGAGCUCCAUUGAUGAUUCAAGGGUUCAGAAGCAAUCCAAAGGAUCCUGAAAGUCACAUACUGUUUUUCGACAUUGAAGGUCUUAUAGUACAAUUAUUGAGUGAUGAGUAUGGCGCCAUGACCCCUGGAUCGUUAGAAGCGCAGGGUUUAAUUUCAGCUUCGGAAUAUCAAAAGGUAGCUGCUUUAACUCGAUCAGCAAGUCCAGAUACUCAUAAAAAGAUUGCAGACUUUUUCGGUCGCGUCAAGGAUAAAGCAGGCGACGUUGAGAGAAUCCUGAAGGAGAAAGAUCGUCACGGUAUUUUGGCUAAGAUGAAGGAAGGUGCAGAAAAUGUUCAAACAAAAUUGCAGGCCAAGGCAGAAAGUGUCGGUCUCAAGCCGUCGAAUCUUGACGGUAAAGGCGACGGUUGGAAUAAUGACACUCCGAAAAAUUCCUUAAAACGAAAUGGCACUUUUGGCGAAUCUAAUGCAACAAUGGAAAUUGCUCAGUUACUUUUGAGUCUUUUGCACGCCUGGGGAAUGGAUCCAGAUCUAGAUCGUGUUUGUGAAAGUAAAUUGGGACUGUUAAUGCCUAAAGUUCCUGUUUCGUUUGGUGUUUUGUCAAAAGGUGGUUAUAUGUCAUUCUUACUUCCCACUUGGCAGACUCAUUUGGAGCUGAAUGAAGAACCAGCGACUCAAAUUGAGCAAAGAUUACCUCCUGAAGUUGUGAGGCAAGAGAGAUUGACCAGAGCAUUUACUUCGAGAGCUCAUUGGGAAUUGUCGACGACACUAACCAGUAAUCACUUGCUGGCAGUGGUUGCUUUAGCUUAUACUCUGAUGUCGAUGAAUAAUGCAACUUUUGUUCCGGAACAAGAGCAAAAGCGAAAAAUGCACAGACCUGGUAAUAGAGUUACCGUAAAUUGGAAUAAAGUCGAAGAGGAGAAUGAAGAUUUGUACACAAAUACUCAAGCGCAAAUAAAACAGGGCUGGUCUUUGUUAGCGACAUUGCAUUGCGUGUUACUUCCGGAUAAAGUAGCGAUUCAAGGUGGGGCAAAAACGUUUAAGAGACCGCAAGUAGAAAUGAUGGCUCGAAGGUGGCAACAUCAAUGUAUAGAAAUUAGACAUGCUGCUCAGGCCCUCUUACUUGCAGAGUUGGGAAGAAUGGGUCCAAAGGGUAGAAAGUCACUAGUCGAUAAUUGGUCACAGUAUUUACCAAUGUACAGUACGCAAGAGCCGAUUGCUCCACAAUCCCAAAACCAAAGUCCACCACCCGGCAGUCCGGUACCACCUAAUGAUGUUCCAACUGAAGAGGAAGACGAAGAAGAAGAACUAGCUGAAGAAAUAAGUGUAUCAAGAAAACCAUCUAGUGUAGCUGAACUUAAACGAAAACAAACAACGGCUGUUGUACUAUUGGGCGUAAUUGGUGCUGAAUUUGGUCAAGACGUAGCAACAACAAACCAAAGAAAAAAUAACAAUGAACAGAGGCGGAGAAGUUCCGUUGUCGAAGGUUUCGGAAUAGGAAAUAAUAAUCUUGCUAGGCACACAAGUAUGGCACUAACUCAUUUACUCCACGCGCCUCACUCACCAAAAUUACCAUUACAUACUGCUUUGAGAAGAGCAGCGAUAGAUCUCAUAGGACGAGGAUUCACCGUGUGGGAACCUUAUCUUGAUGUGUCGAAGGUUCUAUUGGGUCUUCUUGAGAUGUGCUGCGAUGCCGACAAACUAGUGCCUAAUAUGACGUACGGUCUUCCCUUGACACCUCAAGCUGACUCUUGUCGAACAGCUCGACGAGCUUUAGUUCUAAUAGCAACAGCCAGACCUGCUGCAUUUAUCACUACCAUGGCGAGAGAAGUUGCUAGAUUCAAUACAAUGCAGCAAAACGCACAAACUCUCAAUGUAAAUCUAGGCGCUAGUGUGUUAGCUCGAGCGAAGCCUGAAAUAUUAAAAUUAGUGGAGGAAUUGAUAGAGAAAAUGCAGAGUGAAAUGAGUGAUCUUCUAGUUGAGGUGAUGGAUAUAAUUCUUCAUUGUCUCGAUCCUGGACAUUUGAAAGCAAAACCAUUGAAUGAAGUUUUUCCAGCAAUCUGUAGAUUUAAUCAAGUUAGUCAUUGUCCAGCGACACGAAGAAUUGCGGUAGGUGGACGAGGAGGUCAGCUGGCACUUUACGAAUUGCGUGGAAAUGUUAAAUGCCAAACAGUAUCAGCUCAUCAAGCACCAGUCACUGCCUUAGCAUUUUCACCAGAAGGGAAAUUUUUAGUGAGCUAUUCUUGUUCUGAAAAUAAGCUGUGCUUCUGGCAGCAAACGAGUAGUGGUAUGUUCGGCCUUGGCAAUUCUCAGACACGUUGCGUGAAAUCAUAUAGCACUGCUCCUAUAAACGAUGUGACGAGAUUGAAUCCAAUGCGUCUAGCACGUCUCAUUUGGAUUAACAAUCGUACGGUAACAUUAAUGUUGGCUGACGGUUCCGAAACUCGAUUUAAUGUCUAAAUUAUGAAGCACUUAUUCAUCUUUUCACAUAUGUAUUAAAUUUUAAAAAGGUGACAAAAAGUUGUGCCAUUUUAUUUCUGUUACAAAAAUUAUAAUAUUUAAAAUAUUUUUGAGAGUUUAGAUAUAUAUAUAUAAAUCAACUCGCACUUUCCAAAGAAUGAUGUCAUCUUUAAUAAUAAUAUGCAGGAUAUAGUAAACUAAUUGUUAAGUACAAAGUGCGUUGAUAAUGGUUUAUAAAAUUUAUAAAAUUUCUUGUAUUAUAUUGCUUUUAAUUUUUUUCGUUUGUCGUUAAGUCUCAUAUUUUUCUCAUAUUGAUAAAUUUUAUGUGAACAAGAUUUCAACGAAAAUUGAUGCAAAAUAUGUAUCGAAUGAUUCAAUUUUUAAAAGAUUUUUAUUUUUUAUUAAAUUUUAGAGCAGAUUGGAUAAAGGUUAUAUAAAGUUUGUUAGUACUAAUUUCAAACUAGUAUCGACAAAUUUUUUUAGUCAAUAAAAAAAAUUAAAUAUUUAUUUUAAUCCUGUUAUACAAAUUCAUUUCUUCAAGUUUUAAUGUAUUUAUCUAUUUCGUAUUAAUUUAUUUGUUGAAUCCUUUAAAUUUCUGAAAGAGAUGGUAUGAUUUAAAUUAAAAAAUUGACAUUUUCUUCUCGAAAGUUAAAAUCAUACUUUCUCCUUAGUAUCAAAAUUUCUAAUCACUUAGUUGUAAAAUAGUCAAAAAUAUAGAUAUUAAGUAAAGUAAUAUUCAUAAUAAUUCACUUAGCAAAGGCUGUAGAUUUUCUUUAAUUUGAUAUUUAUUAUUAUUAUAUUGUUUAACUUAUUGUUAAAAUGUAUUACCGUUUUGGUAUGUUUUAUAGAAUAAAAGUUGUGUUAAUAUAUUUAAAUUAUUAUUAUUAUUAUUAUAAUUGUAUUGUUAUAAAAAAUUAAAUCAUAUUGUAUCAUAUUUGUUAUUAAUCGAUACUAUGAAUGUCCCGAAGCAAAAGUUUGCAAAGAUAAUGUAUGGGUCAUCGAUUAUAUUAUGUUGACAUAAUUGUUUCAUCAAGCCUUUUUUAUUAAAUUGUAAUCUGACAAAAGAAAUGAAUUUAUUUAGCUAAGAUUUUUUAAAAAAAUACUAUCUCAUUUCUAAUAAUUUUAAUUAAGAAUUUUAAUCAAAGACAGUUUCACCUAUGCAACUAUUUGACUUUUUCAUCACCAAUAUGAUUUAUUACAGUAAUUUGGAUUCAUAUGAUUGAUAUAAUAAAAUGUCUCAUUAAUUGUUAGUGUAAUAUUUAUGAAUAAGAUUUCUUAAUAAUAUAUCAAGAUGAAGAAAUUAUCUCUGUUAUUAUAUGCAUAUAAAUGUAAUCAAUUGAAGGUGUAUAUAUAUAAUGUCUUUAGAAGUUAGUAUAUUUAUGCAUAUACAUUAGGAACAUCCUUAAAAAAUAAACAUUUUUUAGUAUUUUUUACAAAAGUGAAAUAUAACGUGAAAUAUAACUAAUUUCAUAAGUGAUAAUUUUAUUUAGUGAUUAUCAAUAAGAAUGCAAAUUUCUUUAAAAUGAAUACCGUUAAAUAAUUAUGAGAUUUGAAGAAGCAGAAUCUAUAAACUGAUAUAAAAUAUAGACAAUUUUCCUACUGCGAAAUUUUAAAUGUUUAUUUUUUAACAGACAAACUAAUGUAACUGUAAUAGAUAUUGUGCACAUAUUGUAUUUAUAAAUUACAACAGAUAUAUAAAUUUCAAAAAAAUAAUAAUUAUAAUAAAUGCAGUAUUCAUGUUUUGAAACCAAAA